GGUAUUUAUAAAAGUUUGACAUAAUCUAGAAAAAGCCACAUGCAUGGAAUGGAAAGACGAUUUCCAAACCACCCAAAUUGGAGGAGCAAACAUGGAAGACAUGUUGCUAUACUACUCAUCCAUUGCCCUCUCUCUUCUCCUCGUCGCUGUUGCUUUCAAGCUGACCUACCGUCAAACACCCAAGCACCUCGCUCCCAGCCCACCUUCUCUCCCAAUUAUUGGUCAUCUCCAUCUUGUUAAAAAACCCCUCCACCGUACUUUCCAGACCCUUUCGCAAAAAUACGGCCAGAUUUUCUCUCUCCGAUUCGGUUCCCGCCUGGUGGUUAUUGUAUCGUCCCCAUCCGCAGUCGAGGAAUGCUUCACCAAGAACGACGUCGUCUUAGCCAACCGUCCUCCCUCCCUAGCGACCAAGCACCUGGGCUACAACCACACCACCAUGGCAGCAUCCCCUUACGGCGACCACUGGCGCAACCUCCGCCGCAUCAGCUCCCUUGAGAUCUUCUCAACCAACCGCCUCAACACCUUCUUGGGCAUCCGACGGGACGAGGUCAAGCGCUUGUUGCGCAAACUUUCACGUAACUCGCGUGAAGAUUUCGCCAAGGUUGAGCUGAAAUCAAUGUUCUCGGAUCUCACCUUUAACAGCAUAAUGAGAAUGGUGGCAGGGAAGCGGUACUACGGGUACGGGGAGGACGUUAAGGACGAAGAAGAGGCGAGGCAGUUUAAGGAGAUAAUGAAAGAGGCUUUCGAAAAUGCAGGGGCGUCGAAUCCUCAUGAAUACGUGCCCAUGUUGCGGUGGAUUGAUCACGGGGGUUUGGAGAAGAGGUUGAUGAGGCUUGCCAACAAGACGGAUGCCUUCUUGCAAGCUCUUGUUGACGAGAAGAAGGGUAAGGAGGAAGGGAACACCAUGAUCGACCAUCUGCUUUCCUUGCAGAAAUCCCAGCCGGAUUACUACACUGACCAGAUUAUCAAAGGCCUUAUUUUGAUCCUGUUACUUGCGGGGACUGACACAUCAGCAGUGACGUUAGAGUGGGCAAUGGCCAAUUUGCUCAACCAUCCUGUUGUGUUGAAGAAGGUUAGAGCUGAGUUGGACAAUCAAAUUGGGGAGGAGAUUUUGAUAGACGAACCAGAUGUGUCUAAACUGCGCUACCUUCAAAGCAUAAUCUCGGAGACCCUUCGAUUGUACCCUUCAGCUCCACUGCUACUACCCCACAUGUCUUCAGAGGACUGUACCGUGGGAGGAUAUGAUGUACCACGUAACACGAUGUUAUUGGUGAAUGCAUGGGCCAUACACAGAGACCCAGAGGUGUGGGAUGACGCGACAAGUUUUAAGCCUGAGAGAUUUGAGUGCCGCGAGACUAACGCGCACAAGUUGAUGCCGUUCGGGCUGGGGAGGAGGGCAUGUCCUGGGGCUGGACUCGCGCAACGGACGGUGGGGUUGGCCUUGGGGUGUUUGAUUCAAUGUUUUGAGUGGGAGAGGGUUGGGGACGAAGUAAUAGAUAUGGGUGAAGGCAAUGGGAUCACCAUGCCCAAAGCUGUGGCACUAGAGGCCAUGUGUAAGGCGCGCCCCAUUAUGAAUAACCUUCUUUCCAAGUCUGUAGAUUAUGUUUGAACAAUGUAAUCUCCAAGAAUUUUGUGUGUAUAGGGCAUAGAUAUAUUUUAGUGGUAUGUAAUAUGUUCAUUACUUAGUAAGCACAGUAAGAAUAAGUACACUCCCAAUAUAUGUACAUUGAAUUGUUGUAUUCAUUUACAUUUGGAUCUCUUCCCUUGUAGUACGUGGAUAAUAAGUUGUAUGAACUUGGGAGCUUGUUUGAGGAAUAUAUAAGAGUAUUUGCCUAUAUGGAUAAAAAAAACUAUUUCCUUUCCUUUUUUAA